CCGCAGUUGUUUCGGUUGGCAGUCUAGCUGGUGGGAGUAGUGCCGGCAAGCUGAAGCAAGGAACCGCAGCUAAGGUUAGACCUUCCAAGGCAGUUUAGAGCUGGGGACUGAGCUGCUGUGGUGCAGUCAGAUCAUGAGCCCGACCACGCCCUCGGGAGAGUGGUUCCUGAACCUGUGGGUGUCCCCCGCCGGGGUAUUUGGCGUGGCCUUUCUUGCCCGAGUGGCCCUGGUUUUCUAUGGGCUCUUCCAGGACCGGACCCUGCUCGUGAGGUAUACAGACAUCGACUACCAGGUCUUCACCGACGCCGCGCGUUUCGUCACGGAAGGGCGCUCCCCUUACCUGAGGGCGACGUACCGUUACACUCCGCUGCUGGGGUGGUUCCUCACUCCCAAUAUCUAUCUCAAUGAACUCUUUGGAAAGUUUCUCUUCGUCAGCUUCGACCUCCUCACCGCCUACCUCGUAUACCGGCUACUGCUUCUUAAGGGGCUGGGUCGCCGCCAGGCUUGCGGUUACUGUGUCUUUUGGCUUCUUAACCCCCUACCUAUGGCGGUGUCCAGCCGAGGCAAUGCGGACUCAAUCGUCUCCUCCCUGGUGCUUAUGACCCUGUACCUAAUAGAAAAAAGGCUCGUCGCGUGUGCCGCUGUGUUCUAUGGUUUCGCAGUGCAUUUGAAGAUGUAUCCGGUGACCUAUAUCCUUCCCAUAGCACUCCACUUGCUUCCGGAACGCGACAGUGACGAAGGCCUCCGUCAAUCCCGGUAUUCUUCCCAGGCUCGUCUGUAUGAAUUCCUGAAGAGGCUGUGUAAUCGGGCUGUGCUGCACUUCGUAGCCAUUGCUGGCCUCACGUUUUUUGCCCUGAGCUUCGGUUUUUACUACAAAUAUGGUUGGGAGUUUUUGGAGCACACCUACCUUUAUCACCUGACCAGGCGGGAUAUCCGUCACAACUUCUCUCCAUACUUCUACAUGCUGUAUUUGACCGCAGAGAGCAAGUGGAGUUUUUCCCUGGGAAUUGCUGCAUUCCUGCCGCAAUUCAUCUUGCUUUCAGCAGUGUCUUUCGCUUAUUACAGAGACCUUGCCUUUUGUUGUUUUCUUCAUACGUCUAUUUUUGUGACAUUUAACAAAGUCUGCACCUCCCAGUACUUUCUUUGGUACCUCUGCCUCCUGCCUCUUGUGAUGCCACUAGUGAGAAUGCCUUGGAGAAGAGCUGUGGUUCUCCUGAUGUUAUGGUUCAUAGGGCAGGCCUUAUGGCUGGCUCCUGCUUAUGUUCUUGAGUUUCAAGGAAAGAACACCUUUCUGUUUAUCUGGUUAGCUGGUUUGUUCUUCCUCCUUAUCAACUGUUCCAUCCUCAUUCAAAUCAUUUCCCAUUACGAGGAGGAACCCCUGACAGACAGAACCAAAUAUGACUGAUAGAUGCUCCAGUUCUUCUGCAACUUGCGUUCUGAUUGUUAUGAAUGGACCAAAGAGAGCUUUGGA